CCCAGGCCGUCGCCAACAAGUCAACAACGAUGUCGAUUUCGGAGCUCUUGUCGGCCCUCCGCGACGCCGGCCGGCAGCAUCUCUCCGCCUCCACCGUGGGCACGCGGCAGGCCACCGGAUCCCACCUGCUCCAGAUCGAGAACUACGCCCAGAUCAAGAAGCAGCUCUCCGUCGGCGAAUACGUGAAAUCCAGCACGUUCACCGUGGGCGGCCAUGACUGGCGCGUCGAGCUCUACCCCAAAGGCUGCGUCCGGGAAGCCCACGGCCACGUGUCCCUCUUCCUCCGCCGGGUCUGCGACGCCAAGACAGGCGGCAGAGAUGACUCCGCCACGGCCAAGAUCGAGUUCAGCCUGCUCGACGGCGCGACCGGCGAGCCCUCGCUCACCAAGUCCUCGCCGCCGCGCACGUUCAAGCCCGGCGACGAGGACUGGGGAUGGAGAGAGUUCGUCAACAAGGACGACGGCCUCGAGGACGAGAAGACGUGCCUCGGUCAGGACGGCUGCCUGAGGGUCCUCUGUGACGUCAGCGUGGACCUCGGGAUCCGUGCCGAUGACGCCACGCCGGAGCCCGAGACGACGGGCUUAUUCCCGGCGGCGCCGUCGUUCGAGCUGCGCGGGGAGCUGGCGGGGGUGAUAUGGAACGCGAGGAGGCCGGACGUGAGGGUCGAGGUCGGCGGGGAGGCCCUGGCGGCGCACCGGUGGAUGCUCGCGCCCCGGUCCCCAGUCUUCGCGGCGGAACUCUCGAGAACCUUCCAGAAGAAUCCGGCCGUGCUGCGUGUCGAGGACAUGGACGCCGACGUGUGCAGGGCGCUGCUGGAGUUCAUCUACACGGGCGCGCUGCACGACAUGGACCGGAAGCUCGAGUCUUCCAUGGCGGAGAAGCUGCUGGUGGCGGCGGACAGGUACGGGGUGGAGCAGCUGAAGGAGCUCUGUGAGAAGGCCGUGUGCGGGCGUGUUGGGAUGAGCUCUGUGGCUGCUAGUCUAGCGUUGGCGAAGCGGCAUGGGUGCCCCCUGCUGAGGGACGCGUGCUUGGAGUUCCUGUCGGCUCCUGGUAACCUGGAAGCGGUCGUCGAGAUGGAUGGCUUCGAGGAGCUCAUGCAAGAAGGUUGCCCCUCUGGUCUCACGAAGCUCAUUGUGAAACAGGUGCGGCGUCACGAGCAGUGGAGCCCCUUCUCCGGCUAGCUAGGUUAAUUGCUUAUCGAGUUUUUUUCAUGUUAGAGUGAUUAUCAUAUAUGUAGAGAAGAGGAUAAUUGGAUCAUUAGAUAGUUAGAAGAACGUACGUUGGCCUCGAUUGGACAUGUAUGAUGCAUUAGC